UGAGAGAGGCAGUCAGUUGUAAACAUUCCGUAAAUUGGAUGCAUUAGUCUACAAAAAAUGGCUGAAAAUACGGGUAAAACAAAAAUGGACACGGUGGAAAGACCUCCAUUGAAGAAACAUGACAUAAAGUUAUUGGAUUUAGCAUUCGCUAUGGACUGCACGGGAAGUAUGGGAUCGUAUAUAGAUUCGGCACGGGACAAUAUUCGUAAAAUAGUUGAAGAAAUUGUUGCCAGUGAAAAAAGUAACGUUCACCUGGCGUUAGUAGAAUAUCGUGAUCACCCGCCAGAAGACGCUACAUUUGUUACUCGUGUUCAUGAUUUUACGGCUUCUCCAAAAACUAUGAAAGAAUGGCUAAGCAACAGCCAAGCGACAGGGGGUGGGGACUGCCCGGAGGCAGUUGCUGACGCACUCCAUGAUGUUUUAAAAUUAACUUGGCGAGAGGAGGCGACCAAAAUCUGUGUCUGUAUCUCAGACGCACCACCCCAUGGUUUGAACUGCAGCGGUGAUGGAUUUCCAAACGGAUGUCCGGCGGGUAUCGAUCCAAUGGAGGUCACAAAUCGGAUGGCUGAGAAAGGCAUCACACUAUAUAUGGUUGGCUGCGAGCCAAGUAUCACACCUUACAAGGACUUUUUCAUGGCUGUAGCGUUUAUUACGGGUGGACAGUAUGUUCCUUUAACGAAAGCUCAGUUGCUGACUCAGGUUAUUGUUGGUGGAGCACAGGAAGAGAUGUCACUUGAACACUUUAUGGACGAGGUUAACGCUGAGGCACAGGCAGAUUUAGCUGCUGGCAGAGAAAUCGACGAAGAAGAAUUUACACGAAGAGUACAUUCUAAAAUGGUGUCAAAGGGCAUAAAAACAAAACAGCUUCAUAGGAAUAAAGCUGAAUUGUCGUCUGUCGCAGAAUCUCCGGGAGCAAAGAAACUAGCGGACUUUAAAAACCUCAGUGAUGUACGGAAGAAUUUUAAACCCGACAGUGCACAUAGUGAAUUUGGACAUGCAAUGCCUGCAAUGGCUCAUGCACCGAUGGCUAUGCGUAGAAGCAGAGGGGGGCCUCCGAUGGCGAUGGGCGGAGGACCUCCAAUGGCGAUGGCUAUGAGCGCUCCGCCACCGCCGCCUGGGGACGCAGAAAGUUAUGAGACUGUGGAAGCAGACAUAUCUUAUGCCCAGUCCAGCAGAAUGGUGCAAAAAUGCCUCAAAAGAAACAUGAUAAAAAAGUAGAUGUUAUACAUCUGGAGUGGAAGAGUAAUUUGUGUUAGGCCUAAUACAUUGUUUGUAAUAGUAUGUGCAAUCACUUUAUAAAAUCUUUAAAAGUAUAUUAUACAUGUUAAUGUGCUUAUGGUACAAGAAUUGUGAAAUAUCCUUUUGUGUAUUUAAUUAUAUAUACUGUUAUCUUAUUUUGAUAUUUUUAUAUCUAUACUUCAUUUCAAUUUUAUGGAACUUUAAUAAUUUGAAUGUAAAUAAUGUUAUAUAGUUGAAAUAAAAAAAAAUGUAAAUGGUC